AUGUCCUCUGACGCGCAAAAGGAUGAGAAGAAAUCGACGUCAAUUGCCAACAGAACGCAAGAACCACCAGGGUCGCAAGUGAGUAACAUCAAGGAGUCUGGACGACUUCCACAGGGAAAGGGAUUCGUAACGAGUGCAGGACCUCCUGGUCUUUUGGAAGUGACUCCUGCUACUUUGUCAUCUGGUGCUGUUGCGUCCUCGAAGUCGAUUGUUCCUGUAUCUUCUGCGACGCGAGCCGCAGGUGCUAAAGCGACCUCAUCUUCAACGACGGUGGAGCACACCAAGCUCGAGCAUCAACAAAUACAAGCACCAGGUAGAAGCGGCACAGCGAUUUCACCCUCUCCAGAACAAAAUUCUAGCCUACAAACACCAACGCCAUCUCCCUCCAAUAUGUCGGUCUACAAGUCGAAUUCACGCUAUAUGGUCUACGCUGCCUUUUUACUUACCUUUUCCGUGAUCCUGCUGUCAGCAGAUCAGAACUUAGCUGCGCCACAUUUGUCGGACAUUGCGGAGGAUUUUUUCCGAGGGGGUUGCAUAGCCGAGCACCCCUCGGAUACGAAGGCUCAGGUACUUUUACUGUUAGGGUUUCUGUUAGAAAAAAAUGUGAAGGCCGAAAAAUAAAAUGAAUAUUCCUCACUGGAGAAACUGCACUUUUUCGGCUUCGCCUAUUUUUGUCCUUCGAAUUACGAGUACCUAGUAUUGUUCUCAACAAUAAAAACAGAAUGCCUGCGUUGACCACAAGAAGCUGUCAAAACUGGGAGGCGAAGCCCAAUUCGGUUUUUUCAUUUUAGGGGGCUUAGCCACACUGAUCGUAGGCCCUAUGGCAGAUGUAUAUGAGCGUGUGCGCUUGCUUGUUCUAGUCGUGUGGAUCGGCAGUCUUCCGUGUUUGCUCACACUGUUUAUUCCGAAUGGCGAAUUCGGAUUCUACUGCUUCAUGGGCCAGCGGGUGCUGACGGGAGUCAGCGUAUUUUUAUACUGAACAAUCUAUCUACCGAUGUUUCUGUCUUAACAAAGUCAUUAUCAAUUGUAAUUAAACCGAAAAAGAACAACAAACAACAACAACAACAACUUACUACAUAAAUCUCGUUUCGUCUUCGCGUUUUCUUCUAAAACCUCUCAUCAUCUUACUACAUAAAUCUCGUUUCGUCUUCACGUUUUCAUACUAGGUUGGUGGUUCCUACCCCAUAAUUUACUCGCUUCUCGCGGACAUGUUUGCUGCGCAUCGUAAGGCUCUGAUCGGAACCUUCGUCGCGACCGGCACAGCUUUCGGCGUUGGUGCUGGCACGUUUUUGAGUGGCAUUAUAGGCACGCAAACUGGUUGGCGAUUUGUGUUCUGCGCUGUUGCGACGCCGAGUAUUUUUGUCUCCAUGCUGGUUUUGGCCACAGUAGUGGAGCCGAAGCGAGAACGGGUUCUGCCCUACUCGCAUUUGCCAGGAGGAGCGGGUGGAACGCCAGCAGACCAGCAAGACUUUAUACUAGGUGGUGCAAGUGGUUCUGGCCAGCAUGGACUUCCUGGAACGGAACUCAGUCCUUCAGGGCGGCUGAGGAAAGCAGCAAGCGCAGAUAGAAGUAUUGCAGGUGCGAUGUUGUCUUCAGCUUCUGUUUCAUCCGGAGGCGUCAACGGACAUCACGCUUCCUCGCCAUCAGACCACAGGGUGAAUGCCUCAGAAGGAGCUCAAACGAGGCUGAAUAACGUAGCCGAUGUUGACCUUGACCUAGUUACUAGGAACAAGAAAACCACACCCAACGCAUCACCGCCUUCAUCUGGAGCAGGGGGCGGGUAUUUCGGCUCAAAUAUGAAUUUUCAAGUUGGGGGCUCAGCCUCAAGCUCAUCGAGACCACGUGCAAUUGCGGCGCCGAUGUCUCCGGGUGGGUCAAGUUCGGAUCUAGAUCUAGAAACAGGUGGCGGUGGUGCACAUAUGCCUAGUAGUACUACGAAUGGAAGAAAUAAUUCUAGGACAGCACUUGCAAAUGGGGGAGCACAUCAUCAAGACCUUCUUCAACCAAAUCUUCAACGUCAUCUUCAUUCUAGUAGGUCUGCUUCUGGCGAUUCCGUUCUGGUAAACUACAACAUGCACGCAUUGCAACUUCACAAGAGACUCUAUCGCGGUUGUUUCUCGAAUGGAACCACGACUUUAUGCCUACUCCAGUCGAUACCUGGGUGUAUCCCAUGGGCCACGAUCCAGGUCUACAUCCUAGACUACAUUUAAGGCUACCAAGCGAGCAUCCCCCUACAGCAUGAUCCUUGGCCUCAUUUUCAAGAGGGAAAUGGAUCCAGGGAUGGCCUCAGGGAUGCACGUUGGUAGCCCUAAUACAUGCACCACGACCUGCAUUACCCCUUGCAGGCAGCGACGUAUAUCAUCGGCACCUUUAUGGUGUCUGGUGGGAUCAUGGUCGUAGCAAGUAGCUAUUUGGCGACGAAAUUUAGCAAAUACGAACCUAGGAAGCUGGCCUUUUUGUCUUCGAUUCCAGCUGUGAUUGUCUGGGCUGCUUUUCGGCUUCUGCUAGCACUACCACCACCAUCACGCUCACAUUUGACAUCAAUGUCGACGUCGAUGGAUCCACAUCAUGUACAACUGUCAGGAGGAGGUCGUGCAGGUACCGUUGCAGGAGUGAAUGCUGUCGCUCCAGCGUCCUCCCACAACACAGUGACUAAAACAAGUUCCUUAGAAAGUUUCGCUGAACAGAGUGGUUCAACAUCAGGCGGCUCAUCACAUCCGUCUUCGCAUCCAAUGGCAUCGGAUGAAACGAGAAGGAGUUUGAUGUCGGCUGGAGGUGCCUCAUCUUUAUCCUCAGCUUUUACAGGUAUUCGUGCUUCCUCUUCAGGGUAUCCAGUACUGCCUGAAUCACAUGCAGCGGUCCUUCUAGAGGACCAAGUCCCGGCAGAACGGUUUCUCCAAAACGACCCUUUCAUCAGCGCUGCUGGAGCUGUUUCUACGGCCUUACCACCUCCAUUAGGUGGAUCGUCUGGCUUCAGUGGGGAUGAAGAAGCAGCCACGCCAUUGUUCAUCUUCGUUUUCCUAGCGUUUCUUUGUGGCUUCGGACUGGUCACUGGGCCAACGGUGAAGGGCCUCUUGCUGAACGUCAACGUGAGUCACAUGCGAGGCACUGUUUCUGGCCUAGUGACCCUCACAGACGACCUUGGCAAAGGCUUCGCUCCGAUCGUAGUCGCGCACUACAUGCAGGUGAUUGGGAAAAGCAAUGCGAUUGGGCGUGCACUGGAUUGCUUUCUCUUAUCGGCUGUGCUGAAUCUGCUCACUUACUUCACGAUAGCGGACGAUUUCAUCCACAGUGAAGACUACAUUGUCUACAGCAGCAAUGGAGCAGAUGACGAGCUUGGUGGAGGAGACAUCCGAUUUUCAGGUGGAUCCGCAGACUUAGUUGAUGUUCCGGGAAGAGGAGAAUUCUUUGGGAGGAAAAGGGAUGCUGUUUUGGACUAAGGUGGAGUUUACAGAUGAUUGCUUCUUCGUGAGUUGAACACAUGAAGAAGAUGAUUGAUGUAGAUGCAUUUUUUGAAUUAGCGCGCAAUCGAAUGUGGAGUCAAAGUGAUCCACCUACUGCUGCCCUCUCUACUCCGUGCAGUGUCAGUGUGAAUUAAUUGCUGUACGUGUAGCAAGAAGAGCCACUUGCUACACGACCCAUCCCCGUUUCUUCGUACUUAGUUUGAACAUCCAGCAUGAAUCGCACUACAGCUCUUGAGUUUUCUGACAUAUGAUCACGAACACCACAUAAUUUCCCAUACUGCAUUUUUGAAUGGUUCUCUCCCAUCUGGCUUCUCUGAAGGUCGAUGGAUCUCAGUUGUACCUCCCGUAGAUACCCUUACUCGUCCCACGAGUUGUUGAACGUAGAAGAAUCCUCUAACAACUGAUGCUGCGAGUGGUCGUGACCACCACUUUGAUGAUUACGUCGUAGGUUUCAGAUAACAGAGAUGAAAUAAUUCCUUUUCCUUACAACUCAAGCCAAAGCUCCUUUCAAGUGUUCGGUCGUUACUCGGAGGCAGUGGCUUUGCUUUCAGAUCUUGUUCUUAUUGUAAAUCCUACUAGUUUGUUCAAAACAGGAUCGACGUAGUGUACUUAAGUACUAGCGUCAGUAGAGGGCUGUGUAGCAACGCAGUUCUUCAACAUUUCGUAUUGUCUUCAUGAAAUCUUGUUCUGAAUAUCCAACGUCGAUGUACAACGAACUCUCGAGAUGAAAAUGAUUACUUACUGUUUAUAGCCGAUAGGCGGAUACUCACCGGAAAAUGUUGUGUGUGGUGUGUAAUACCUGUGCUGCUGGAUGGAAAUAACUCUUGAUGCCACGAAUUGCGCUUCUCCUUGUCCCCCCGUCAUGUCCG